UCUGUUUACAUUUUUUAUUAUUAUUGUUUACAUUGGUUGGCUGCUGGUGAUUUGAGUUGUUUACACACUGGUAAUAGGUGUUAACCAGGUUAAAAAUGUGCAUUGUAUGCACCAUGAGUCAGAUGUACCGACCCAAAAACUGUUUGCACUACUAUUUCAGUAAAAAGUACAUGAUGUUGUAUAACUAUUUGUUUAAUGGUCAGUUCUUUCUUAAUGUAAAUAUUAAUAUUUAAUUAUGCACCAGGUUAGAGGGUUACUUUUACAAUUGAAUUUACAGCAUUAGUUCUUUGAGAAUCUCUUCCAUUACCAAAGCAAAAUUGGUGUUAUAACUAAAAUAUCGAUAUCGAAUCGAAUCGUAUCAGAAAUCGUAUCGACUUGGAACCUAGUGUAUCGGAAUCGUAUCGAAUCGGGAGGUCAGUGGCGAUACCCAGCCCUACUCACAAUGUUGGGAUCGAGUAGAACACUCUCCGUCAAAGCCCCACUACAUGCACAGCUCAUCCAAGCUACACAGGAAACCCUCAGAGAUUCUCUGUUUGUCAGAGACUUCAAGGAAGCUUUUCACCAAGAUCUAUUAAAAAGGUACACACCCGAUGAGGAAAAGGCCACACUCAACCUUGCUUCAGCACUUGACCCACGAUUGAAAGUGCUGCUUUUCCAGUCCAAUGAGGAGAAGCAAGAAACGCUUGAAAGAUUGGUCACUGAAGCUGCAGCUGCAGCCACAACGGAGCAUCAUGACCAGGAAGAAGCAGAGAGGCUGGACCAGAAGCAUCUUAGCGAUGGUGCACCACUAAAAGACGAGAGUCCUGUGCAGCGGCUGAAUUACUCGGCAACUCUUUUGAAGAUAGCAGGCAGGCACUAUGACCAGAGAAGUCAGCUUUUGACAGCUCCUUUGCCACUGUUUGAAAGCCCAUUAGACUGGUGGAAAGAACAUCACCAUGAGUAUCUUUCAUGCAAAGCUGACAAAGAGGUAGGCUACUUACGUGUACCAGGGACAAGUAUCUCCACUGAAUGUGUGUUCUCUACUGCUGGGGACAUUGUGACCGCUCAGCGGAGCAGCCUCACAGCAGAGCAUGUUGACCAGCUUUUGUUGUGCAGGAACAAUUAAAAGUAGCAGUUGCCAGUUUACUUCAAAAAGUUGAUGUAUUUUUGUCCAUUGUACUGGAAGUUUUGUCUAGCAAAGUUAAUUGCAGGGUUUUGAAAAGACCUUCAGUUUCAUUUGAAGCAGGUUAAUUUAAAGGCUCACGUUUGCGCUGUGCCCUGUUUUCAGAGGCUUUGUUCAUUUUGGCCCAGCAUUUUAUUUAAUUUAUUUUCUUACAACACUACCUCAGUGAGCACUGAAUAG